AGUGUGCAGAAGUGUGAUUUAGGUACACUCCCGCUAGUUGCUCCCUCCGUCCUGUCCCUGCAGGUUGCAUGCGCGAGCUAUGACACUUUCCACUUUAAAUAAUAUUAAUGUGCAAGUUGCACGAGACUGUAUGUUCCCGUUGCGGUUCAUGUCCCGCACCUAUGGACUGUACGGACUCUCUAUAUAAAGAAUUGGUCUCCAUUUGGAGAAUGUGCAGCCAAUGAGCAGUCACAGACAAAGAGCCCGUGUACUCUGUGCACUCGCAGCAGCUCCAAUGUACAUUAAUGUGGACAGCGCUGACAGCCAAUCAGCUUCUACUAUUCUGUUAGUGGGCGGGGCACACGGCUCAUGAAUAUCCAACAACCGCUCUCGGUGGCCACAGAGAACAAGGGGCUUGUGUAGUGUUGUUUUUGCUUCCUAAAGCGUUCAUAUUGACAUAGGGGUCUGAAAGCAGCGUUGCUGGUGAAACAACCGAAGCUUCGCGUCUGGUUCUGUUGCUUCCCGGCGAAGAGACAUACCUCGGUACCGUUAGGAACAUCUCUCCGGUUUGCUUGGAGCUUAUAGCGGGGAAACAAUGUCGAGCAAAGCCGCCGUGACAGUUGCAGUGAAAGCCAGCGGUAAUGUUGUUACAGCGAGCCCGCAGAAGUCCUUUCCUUUUGUUUUAAAGAAGAUUAUGGACAUCCCCCCUCCUAACAUCCUGGAGGAAGGCGACGACGAUAUAGAGAAAGAGAAGCUGUGCUCGUCUGAGGAUGUGGAGGGAGGCGGGGCUGGAGCAGCCAGUGUUGGUGGAGGUUCCAGAGGAGGAGGCGGCAGUGGAGGGGUAUCAGCCUCUUUGACCCCAGCCAUUUGGGAGAAGACCAUUCCUUAUGAUGGGGAGACCUUCCACUUGGAGUACAUGGACCUGGAUGAGUUCCUCCUGGAGAACGGGAUCCCGGUGAGCCUGGAGGAGGAGGAGCUGCAGAAGACUCUGGCGUCAGUGGGAGUCAAAGGCAAAGCCAUCUCCAAGGUUAUUCUUGCAGCUUCUACUACUACCACUACUCCUGGUGCUGCCGCUGCAGCCCCUGUCCCCGCCAGAGCAUCAUCCCCCUUCACCUCCGCCACCUCUAUGGUCACCUCCGAUCCAGAGGAAGCAGUGACAGUAACUACGUUACAACCAGCUAAACUAGAAGAGGAAGAGGAGGAGGAGGAAGAAGAAGAAGAGGAGGAGGAGGAGGAAGAAGAAGAGGAAUCUUUAUCUGAGGAGGCAACAGCAGAAGUGAAAGAGAAAGAGAAGAAAAUAGAUCGUAACCCUGCAGAACGUAACACGCCCUCCCCCAUUGACCCAGAAGCCAUCGAGGUGGACAUUAAUUUCCAGCCGGAUCCCACAGACCUGGUCCUGUCCAGUGUGCCGGGGGGAGAGCUGUUCAACCCACGCAAACACAAAUUCUCUGAUGAGGAGCUGAAACCGCAGCCUAUGAUUAAGAAGGCCAAGAAAGUGUUUGUUCCUGAUGAACAGAAGGAUGACAAAUACUGGUCCAGGAGGAAGAAGAACAACGUGGCAGCAAAGCGUUCCCGUGACGCUCGGCGGCUGAAGGAGAACCAGAUCACGGUGCGCGCCUCCUUCCUUGAGCGGGAAAAUGCAGCGCUGCGUCAGCAAGUGGCCGAGAUGCGGAAGGACUGCGGCCGCUGCAAGAACAUCCUGGCCCGGUACGAAGCGAAAUACGGCCCGCUGUAAAGAACGCAAACUAAACCCCACGAAAUCUCAAUGAGACAAAAAGCAGAACUCCCUUCCCCAGCAGAAUUCAACACAGACACAAACCACCAAGGGAAUCUAAAUUUGCACUGUUGUCUUCGCUGACCUCCAGUCAGUCACUGUGUCGAGCUCCAGCUGCUUGCUGGAGUUUUCGGACACACACUGGCAGGGCAGUGAGGCAUGAUGGGAGCGGUGGUCACAGGAAGGCCUGUGGAGAGCGCCUGGCUCCUACACUCAAGAGAGGAAGGGGACGAUUGUGGACAUUCCCAUGGUCAAACACACGUGGAACAUCUGGUCUGUCUCAAAAGAGGGUUUCAAGAAUGUCAGGAAAUCUGAAAAGAGCAGACUGGUACAAAAGAAUCACUACACAAAUCAGUUUUUUAUCACUGCACAGCACUUCUUCUUAGUGGACCAAAGCAUGUCAGUUAGAAGUCCUGUAUUUAGAACGGUGCACACUCGCCACCCCUCACAUUUCCUUGUGUUGCACUUAUGUUUGUGUCUGUUGUGUCUCUUUUAAAAAAACUCCAGCUGAGGAUGAAGGUUGUUGAUUAACUCAUGGCAGGGUAGGAUCAGGUGAAUAAAGGAGACAGUGGUACUUCCAGCCUGAAGAGACAGGAAGCCUCAGGGUUGGCAGAGGAGAAAAAGGAUGAGAGCAGUGUGAUUCAGUCACAGUUCUUCCUUCUUGUAACCCACAUGCACGCCUCUGCGCCAACAGAAAACUGUUUGUGUAUAUAUAAUCAUCUCCCUGCACCACAUAGAUACGUGCGAGUAUCAGUGUGUAAUCCAUUUUUUUUGCACUUUCUCUAAAAAAGAUUACAGCGGCGGCAGGUUAUGUACCACCAUCACGGGAGACACGGUAGCUUCAGAACAUGCAUGAGCUACAAUUUAAAGCUACUGUGAUCUUUUCUAACUAACCUCAGAUCAGCUUCCAGAGCCGCCUCACACAAGAUUUUGUUAAAGAAAUACUGAUAUUUUACAAAUGAUGAUUUCUGUAGGUUACUUUCAGAAAGCAUACGUCUGAUGAUCUCCAGGGCCCUCAGGUGGAGGGGUAUGUUCAUGUGUAGGGAUGUUUAUUUGACUGCACACUGCAGGUAGAGGGCGCUACUGCCACUGCCUGCCUGGUUAUGGUGUAGUGAUGGCUGGAUUUUCUUUUUUUAAAGAUUUAAACCAGGCCCAAAGUGGACUGCUUCUAAAACCUUGUAAAUAAAUGAUUGUCUCAUGGUCUUUAUUUCCUAAGACGGGGAUUCUGACUGUGUCUUUAUUAACCCAAUACUAUUCCUUAUAUUUGCCAAAUAGUCAAUGAGUGCUGUAUUUAUUCUGAUGGUAAUAAUGCAUCUGUUGAUUGUGAUGUACAACAAUAUGUCAGAUAAUUAUUUCCUUUGAGGAACAAUACUUCUAAUGAAACCAAUGCAGGGAAAUCAAUGGGUAAACUGUGCUUUUGGAUGUUUUAAAAACAGAUUUAUAUAGUUUUAUGGGAUUUUCUUUCUCUAUAUAUACACACAGCAGCAUGUGUCUGACACAGUACAGGACACACUCUUAUUUACCUCAUCCAACACUUCCUAUUUUUGAAAGGUUAAAGGUUUAGCAGGGCUACAGAGCGGUGUUGGUUAAAGCACAUAAAAAGCAGCUUAAAGACUCUCAGUUGAUAAGUUCUUUUUUUGCGAAAAUGGCUGUGUUUAAAUUAGUAACUACAUUACAGACUGUUAUGGGACUCUAUAUCUCAAGUGUCUUUGGCUGAUGCACACUUUGCGAUCGGCCGGCUUGUGCUCAUAAUCGCCGUUUUCUUGGAAAGAAAAAUAAAUGUGGCAAUAAUACUCUUAUGUAAUGCUCGUUUAAUUUCAGUGAUGAUGUUGUAUGUAAAAAUUGUUAUGAUGUACUAAAUAGAAAUGCCCCAAAGUCAUUUGUGCUUCCAGUUUAGAUCCUCUGUAGUCUGUAGGAUCCUAAUGCAUGAAACCCAGUAAACUUGUCUUCUUUUUUUUCUCGACUAUUUUACACCAAGUGUACUUAUGUCUGUAAACCAUCACUGAAAACUCUAUAUGUUUUUGGAUGGGUUAAGGUUGAUGGUCUAUUGUACAGUUCUGUCAAAAGAAAAAGCAGAACAUCUUUGCUACGAUGUCCUGUGUUUAUCACCUUUCCUUGUGCAGCCAGUGCGUGACCUUGGGGCGACCAUGAGCUGAAAACGGCAUCUUUUGAUCACUGUGUAGAUUGUUUUCUAUUUACUAAAGAUUGAUCUAUAUCUAGAUACACUGGAUCAGUUGGUGAUUUUGUGUUUUCUCGAUAGAUUCUGUUUGUUUCAGUUUCCUGAUGGUGUAUUUAGUGCAAAACAUUUCUUAGCAAUGUGUAUUAUCUUGCAUUGACAUUCAGAACUUGGAAUUGACUGCAUUAUGUUGUUUUAUACAUCAGUGUAGUUGAUGAAUGCAAACUUUGAGUUAUUUUUUUAACUAAAUUAAAAAUGUUCUGCAUCAGGCUGACUAAAGGUACAAGUGAGUCUUUAAGAAGACAUUAAGACAGUUUAUAGUACUAAGUUCAAAAUGUAGCAAUCUCUUUUCUUUUUUUGAUGAGAAGCACCUCAUGGAGCAGGCUUGUAAUUCUGCCCAUUGUUGUUUAGCAGGCCAACUUUAGCCACCAAUAGGAAAAGAAGAUAAUAGCAGAAUUGGUUUAGAUUUGCAGCUGUCUGUCGCCACUUACUGACAAAAAUAAGAACAUCCGCUGCAUUUUUAAAUCCAUCUAUAGGAAACAAAUGCUGCAAAGGCAUGUUUUUCUUUUAUAGCAGUUGUUUGAGGGAUUUAUAUUUAACACUUAUUUUGCUUGUUUUACAGUAACUGUCAUUGAUUGGUUGUCAUGAUUUUGAUUGAGAAAUCAUCAGAAAUUCUAAAUUAGCUUUUUAUUUCAAUAUUUACUAUGACGUUUUAAAUUGAUUAAUAUAUAUUUAGCUAUGUGGCCUUUACGGAGCCCCUUAAGGGUCACAGUGAAUGUUUUUUGCCCAGAAAGAAAGAAAAAGAAGAAAUUGGCGGGGAAGCCCAAACAUAUUGCAAUAUGAUGCAAAAGUAGGCUUCUAAAAAAAUUCUUGCCGUGACCUUUAAGGUGCUCUGGAGUCAACUCUUAUACAGAGUUUGUUUGUUGGGUUUCAAUUGAAAAUUAAAUUGUGACCUUAAAAUUGAAUUUUUUUUUUUGUAGAUUUAGAGAAUUGGACACCAUUAGUUGGUAACUAUAACCUUAAAGCUAAGCUUUGUCCGACACUUCAUUAGGGAAUUGAACAUGAAAGUGUUGACUUAUUUUAUUUAAAAAAAAAAAAAAAAAAAAAAAAGCUGUGCAGGUUUGCAUGUUAAAAAAUAACAAACAUUUCACAUAAAAAGUGUGAAAAACUGCAGUUGUAUCACUCUGCCUGCAGGUGGCGCACAUGUGAAAGUGCUAUUGUUUUCUUUACCUAUAGGUGGUUUUAAAUUAGCAUCUACACCUGAAGGGUUAAACUGCUGUUUUCAGCUUCUGGCCUGAAACUGCAGCACUGGCUUUGGGUGCUGCUCAUCAAUGACACAAUGUCCUUGUUUGCUAUUCAAAGUAGCUCCAAUACUCCUGGAAAAACUAAAAAAAAUACUUAAGAGGUUGAUUUUUAAAAAAAAUGUUUUGUGGUGUUUUUGCUUUAUUUUCUCUUUUUCUAUAAACAUAUGUUUUUGUUCGGUGUUUUUGUAUCGUCCUAACCAUGUAUGGGAUACAUGCAACUGCAGUACCAUGUCCUAACUGUAUCUUGUAUCAUGCAAUUGAAAUAAAUUGGGACAUAAUGA